CACGUCGAUCAAAUUUCUCGAGGUGUUUCUCUUCACCUUAAAGUAAUAUGAAAGGCGCCAAGGCAUUUAACCAGUUAACCGUGUUUGACGACUAUAUCCGUCAUGGAGAUUUGGCAGAAUUUUGUGCCAUGACGACUUUAUCCGUCAUGUGUAAAAUUUUGUUACAAUUCGAUAUUUAAAUUGUAGUUCUGGAGAAAAUUAAAUUUUAUUCCUAAAUUUUAAUAUGUUUAAAAUGUUCAGAGGUCACAACGAAAUGAAACAAGCAAAUAAAAAUUAUAAAUAAUUUAAGUUGAUUCAUAACGGUCUGAGAGCUAACUCGUGAACAGUGCAGUUAUAUCUGGAUAUUUGAUUAUCCCGAUUUUCAUCUUGAUGUACCAAAACCAAAAAAAAGUUUAUUAGAUUCUUAAUUUAGAUUCUGUAUUCUUUUUUAUACUAGAUUCUCUAUUUGCGGUGAUACCUGGAAACAGCUCAUGUGCGCUAUCUCACUCCUUGUUUGUUUUGGAUCAGGCAAUUUUUGUUGCUAUUCAGCGCAGUUCUAGGACUUAUCGGGGAUGGAGAUGAAACGGUUGAUUUUUAUCAGUUGUCCGAGAAUUCGUAAACGGGGGCCACCCGGAUAUAUUGUUAGCCUCACAUCUUGUGCAAACUUUAGCGCAGGCCGCGAUUAGAUAUCCCCACUUAGGUUUAUUCACUCUUCCGCGGUUUACUAGACUCUAACCCACGUUUGUCAUUUCAAUUUUUGAACGUGAACGAUGCAGUGCAUUUCAGUGUGUCUGAAAUAGUCAGUGAAUCGUGCCAAGUCAUAUAAAGUGCAAUCUUAUUUUAUCCCCAAAAUGAGUGACUCCAGUGACGAUGACAUUGUUUCACCUGGAAUGAAGCGAAAACGAGUGAAUAUAUUUCCAUCGUCUUCUGAGGAAAACGAUGAAAGCAUCGAAUCCGACAGUGAAACCGACCAAUAUGACUCUGAUGACAUUUAUUCCGAGGACAAUAAAAACAACAAAGAAAAUCAAUAUACAAAUGUUAAGUGGAAGAGUACAAGUGGCAACAGAAAACCAUUUGAUUUUAUUGCCAACAAUGGUCAGCAGGAAAUUGUACCAGGAAGAUUCCGAUCCAAAUGUUCAUCUUACGUAGAAAAAUAUUUAGAUGAUCAUCUUAUUAGCAUUAUAGUAAAAGAAACAAAUUUAUAUGCGGAUCAAUUUUUGCAAAGUCACCCGAACUUGAAGCCGCGAUCAAGAAUGAGAAAAUGGUAUUCAACAACUAAUAAUGAAGUUAGAUGUUUUAUCGCGAUUUUGAUUUUGCAAGGUAUUGUAAAGAAGCCAGCACUUGAUAUGUAUUUUUUGAAAAGGGAAAUCAUUUGUUCACCGUUCUUUGGCAAAAUUUUCUCUGCGGAUCGAUUUUUACUAUUAUGCAAAUUUUUAUAUUUUGAAAAUAACGCACCCCACAAUGAUAUGCCAUCGAAAAAGCUUUGUAAAAUUAAAACUGUUUUGGAAUAUGUGAUAAAUAAGUGUAAAUCUUUGUAUACUCCAAAAAUGGAUAUCUGUAUUGAUGAAUCGUUGCUAAUGUGGAAAGGGCGGUUAUCAUGGAGGCAGUAUAUACCUUCAAAAAGAAGUCGGUUUGGGAUACAAUUUUUCGUCCUAUGCGAGAGUGAAUCGGGUUAUAUUUGGAAUUUUUUUAUAUAUACGGGAAAAGAAACCUAUUGUGAUUCACAAUAUUCAGAAUUUAAUAUUUCAGCUCGUAUUGUCCUUCAAUUAUGUGAUGAACUUUUCGAACGUGGAUAUAGACUUUAUUUAGAUAAUUGGUACACUGGUGUUCCAUUCAUAGAGAAACUGUGUGCACAUAAAACGGACGUUGUUGGCACAAUUCGGAAAAACAGAAUUGGCAUUUGUGAAGAAGUUCGAGAAACGCGUAUCAAAAAAGGCGAAUAUAUUGCAAGAUUCAAAAAUAAAAUUAUGUUGUUGAAAUGGCGUGAUAAGAGGGAAGUUUAUCUUGUAAGCACCGUCCAUAACGACAACAUCGUAGAGAUGCAAAAAAGAAAUGUAAUAAAAAAAGUCCCCGAAGUAGUUUUUGAUUAUAAUAAUAAAAUGGGUGGAGUAGAUAUGAGUGACAGCAUAAUUAUUGCAUACUCAACUGCAAGAAAAAGGUUAAAGAAAUAUUAUAAAAAAAUAUUUCUCCACCUUUUAGAUGUCAUAUGUUUAAAUUCAUAUCUAAUAUACAAAAUGAAUGGUGGAAAAUUAAGCCGAAUACACUUUUUAUUAGAAUAUAUUGAGGAUACAAUUGCAUCGUAUCCCAUCGAAUCGCGAAACUUACCAAAAUCUCGAUCAACGGCACCUAAUGUUUCGCGCUUGAUCGAAAAACAUUUCCCGGAUUACAUACCAGGCAGUUCAAGAACAACAAAUCCUUCGCGAAGAUGUGCUGUUUGUUAUAAAAAAAAGAUUAGAAAAGAAUCGCGGUAUUGGUGUCCGACGUGCCAAGUGCCACUAUGCGUUGUUCCUUGUUUUCGUGAAUAUCACACGACAGAAACAAUUUAAAAUUUUGUUCAACUUUUUAAAGUUUUCCAUUCAUUAUGUAUAAAUAUAUGUUCACAUUAAGCGACUGUACAAGUAUUACGAAUAAAAUUGUUCAUUUUCUAAAA